ACGCAAGCACAAAUCCCUAUGGAGGAUGAAUCUCCUCCUUCUCAAGGAGUCAGUGUCAAGGUCUUGGAAGCAACAUUAUUGUCAGCCCUGAAGAUGCUGGAUGUUGGGAAAUGGCCAAUUUUUUCUCUCUGUUCCCAAGAAGAGCUCAAGUUAAUUCGUCAAGCCUGUGUAUUUGGCAGUGCCGGUAAUGAAGUGUUGUAUGCAACUGAAAAUGACGAGGUUUUUGUGCUUGGCAUGAACUGCAGUGGGUGUUUGGGAACAGGUGACAUGCAGAGCACUAUUGAACCAAGGAGGUUAGAUUCUCUGUGUGGCAAAAAGAUAGCCUGUCUGAGUUAUGGAAGCGGCCCUCAUGUUGUUCUUGCUACAGAAGAAGGAGAAGUGUAUACAUGGGGUCAUAAUGCUUAUAGUCAGUUGGGCAAUGGUACAACAAAUCACGGUUUCGUUCCCUGUCAAGUCUCUACUAACUUGGUGAACAAGAAAGUCAUUGAAGUUGCCUGUGGCUCUCAUCAUUCUAUGGUGUUAACAUCUGAUGGAGAGGUAUACACAUGGGGUUAUAAUAACUCAGGCCAAGUUGGAUCUGGUUCAACAGCUAAUCAACCCAUUCCUCGAAGAGUUACCAGCUGCCUACAAAAUAAAAUAGUAGUUAAUAUAGCUUGUGGACAGAUGUGCUCUAUGGCUGUGGUGGAAAAUGGAGAGGUCUAUGUCUGGGGUUACAACGGUAACGGCCAGCUGGGACUGGGCAGCAGCGGCAAUCAGCCGACGCCAUGCCGAAUAGCAGCGUUGCAAGGCACUCGUGUGCAGCGGGUUGCCUGUGGCUAUGCGCAUACAUUAGUGCUCACAGAUGAAGGUCAGAUUUAUGCCUGGGGAGCCAAUUCAUAUGGCCAGUUAGGUACUGGGAAUAAAAGUAACCAGUCUUACCCUACAACAGUUGUUGUGGAUAAGGACAGAGUUACAGAGAUUGCAGCCUGCCACUCUGCUCACACGUCGGCUGCCAAGACCCAGAGCGGCCGGGUGUACAUGUGGGGCCAGUGCCGUGGGCAGUCAGUGAUCCUUCCCCACCUCACUCACUUUGCCUGCACUGACGAUGUGUUUGCUUGCUUUGCUACCCCUGCCGUUAUGUGGCGCCUUCUAUCAGUAGAGCCUGAUGACCACCUAACAGUAGCUCAGUCACUAAAGAAGGAAUUUGACAACCCUGAAACUGCAGACCUGAAGUUUCUGGUGGAUGGAAAAUAUAUUCAUGUUCAUAAAGUUCUUCUCAAAAUUAGGUGUGAACAUUUUCGUUCCAUCCUGAAUAAUGACGAUGAAAUUAUAGAAAUGAGUGAAUUUUCUUAUCCUGUUUACCGAGCCUUCCUGGAAUACCUGUAUACGGACAACAUUAGGCUCCCUCCUGAAGAUGCAAUAGGACUGCUAGAUUUGGCAACACUGUACAGAGAAAACAGAUUGAAAAAGCUUUGCCAGCAAACGAUCAAACAAGGCAUUUGUGAAGAGAAUGCCAUUGCUCUUCUUUCCGCCGCUGUCAAAUACGAAGCUCAGGACUUGGAAGAAUUCUGCUUCAGAUUUUGCAUAAACCAUUUAACUGUUGUUACACAAACUCAAGGCUUUGCAGAAAUGGACCACGACCUCCUGAAAAACUUCAUUAGCAAAGCGAGCAGAGUGGGAGCGUUCCGAAAUUGAGGUCUGACUACCACCAAGCUGAAAAAGCACGUCCUCUUCCCUCCUGGAAAUACUUCUCCUUUGGAGAACUUACCCAUGGUCAGAAUGUGCAAAGGUUUGGAAAGACAGACUCAGGUGUCCAUCAGCUUGGGAAAUGUGUAAAAGUCCGCUAACAAACACACAGGUUUUGUAAAGAUGGCUACAGCCUAGAUGUAUGGUGAAUGUUCAUUGCCAACAGUCAGAAUUUAACAACGAAAAAAUCUAAGGCUACCCUUUCCCACUUCAAGUCAAGCAAACCCAGCUAUCCAUUAUCUUGUCUGUCUGUUUUUCUUUUUUUUUUUUAUUUAAACAACCUGCAUUUGGAUUUUAUGGGACAGUGACCUCUUUGCCACUAAAACUGUCAUAGUAUACUUUUAUUACCAAACUAAGUUAAUAUGCAAUAGCGGGCUGUUUUUUGCCUGGUUUAUCACCCAGUGAAGAUACAAACUUGUUUUUCCAAACAUAUGAUAAAGUAAUAUAAAUUCUUUAGGAUGAGAAGCUUUCUGAUCAAUAGGAAGAUCUGUCUCACUUGGUGUUUAUUCAGAGCGUGAAUAUGUAAGCCAUGAAGAGCUUCAGCUGGAUAUUGCAAUUUUGUGUUCCUGGCACCUAUGUCCAUUAUUUUGGACAGAAUGAAAAGAAUCUUCCUUUCCAUGACGCCAAGCACAUUCCCUGGCACCCCAGUGGGCCAGGAAGCAUUCACAGUAUUUGUCUGGACAUGAAUUGUUGUGCUGUGCGUUUUGGUACCGAGAAAAACCAUCUGGUUGCUCGUUACCAAGAGAAAGAAACCAAAAGAAAAUCUCAGUGAAAGGGAAGUUCCACAUGAGGUUUGUUUACUCCUGUCUUGCUGUCCAGCCCCAGAUAGAGCAAAUGGAGAAAAAGUUAGUUCUGAAGUGCUAAAAUGGAUCUUACAAUUAAAUCACUAGCGUGAAACUCACAUUAUUUGCCACAUGGCAAUAAGGGCACCUUGUCCAAAUACAUUGUUUCAGGUUCUCCUUUGGUCAGGGCUGCGAGGUGACCCUGCCAUGUACCUUACAUGCUGGUUUUAGGGGAGAGGAGUGCCCUCUGGCCAUGCCUCUCGCUUGUCACUGACCAUCAAGGGUGGCUCGAUGGCUAAGGCAGCAUAGAGGCUGAAUUUCUGACUGCCGAAAGUGAGUUCAGCUGGAACCCCACCCAGUGUCACAUGGAGGGAGGUUUGUCCCAUUACAGAAGAGGCUGAGCUCGUGAAGCAUUUACUUGAAGUUUCUAAUAGGCAACUGUGAAUUAACCCUGAGAAAUCAUUUCUCUCAAAGAUUUGACUGGGCGAAAUGGCUUUAAGUGCCUUUCGUAGUAUUUUACAAAUGGAGAAGGCGAGAAGCUGGGUGCCCAGGCUCAGUACACUAACACAAAUAGUCACCCAACCUUCCUUCAGAUCCUUGCUGUGCCUUCAGCAAUUUUUUCUAAUCCUCAAAUGUGGUUUCUAAGAGCCUAAUUCCCUUAAAUGAUUGCAGCCUCAUUUCCUCAUUUCUAAAGUAGAAAUAACUGUUCUUUAUUAUAUUGGUGGAUCAUUUCUUCAUCAAGCCCAUUCCUUGAGGAGGAGGAAAAGGAGAAGCACAUCCUCAGAGAGGAAGAUGAGAAGUAGCGAGUAGUGCCUCUCUUCACAUCAGGCCCUGCGGGUGUGAGUGGAAGGGCGAGGCGUGCAGGACAGCAGAAUUUGCUUAGGAAGCGGGCCAUAAGCAAAUUAUUUUGGAAAAUGCUGUGGCAAAAAAUUAUUUGUUUGAGACAUUUGCUUCAGACUCUCCCUAGAAAUAUAUUGGCUCAUCUACUGCUAAGCAGCAUGUUCUGCCACCCCCUCAGCGAUUAGUACAACUUCCUCAGCAGCACAAGUCCAUAGCAGCUGUGUCAGUAUUUUGUAUUCAAACAGAACUGGUCAAAAAACUUCCCAGUACAUAAUGCAGUUUCAUCAAAACCACAGGUUCCCUGUGGGACAAGAUUGGUUUUGAUAAGUUUGUGUUGAAAAGCACUUGACUGAGGCACAUGGACAGAGGUUAAUGCAGAGAGUAAAGUGGUUCCAUGGCAGGGCACAACUUUACUGCAAACCUUGUACGCCACAGCCCAGCACUAAUCACAGGCAGUUCUGCGUAAGCCAAGGCUGGGUAAUUCCAGAUGUUUUUUGGUUAAGCCAGGGAUGGCUGGAGUAAAGGCUGCCCCUUUCACUCCACCAGAUUCACGUGCCAGCAUUUUCUUUGCCAGAGCAGCACGCAGAAAGCAGGCGUACCACCGCCACUGCAGCCCAACCCUCGGGCAGCAGCUUGUGCUGGAUCCUGCCCCAGGCAGGCGGCACCGUGCUGGCACCAGCCAGCCUCCCUCCGAAACAGAACCAGCUGGGCACCCGUCCCACUUGUAACCCGGCCCAGCCUCUCGGCUGCUCCGGCCUUCCCAAGGAGCGUACUACAGAAGGUCUCUCCAAAUGUUUCUGUUGUUUUACUUAAAAGAACCAAACCAAAACUGUAAAUGUGAAACGAUGGUUUUUAACUCAACAUCUGACCAAACCCAUUCUCUGCUCGAUGAAGAGCCUGGUUCCCCGGGGACGCCACUCCACGGAGUGAUAGCACUGGAGCCUGACACCACUCUCUGAAGCUGGCUCAAGUUGAAACGCAGUAGUUCAGCGAUGACUGUAGUCAAAAUGACACGCUUUCUUCGCGAGGCAUUUUUGGCUUAAUGUAACCAAUAGUGCCAUUUUAUUUUUUUUUCAAUUUAUUUCCUUCCUGCUCAUCACUUCCAACCUCCUGUACACACUGAAGCUGAGUUGCAAUUUGGAGUAACUGAAAAAGCCUGUAGUUUUGAGAAAAAAAAAGCAUCUCUGGACUGAAUGAGGGCGGAUUCUAAAGAUCCAAUGUGUCACCGUUGGCUUUUAUCCAUUCAGUCAUCUGACCUGGAUGUGAUCAAUGGCGUUACAUUCAGAGAUGUGUUUAUUUAUUUAUUUUUUUUUAACCUUUCAUUUGCAUGCACUUUCUUUGGCACUUAAAAGGUCAAUGUUUAAAAAAAACCAUACUGGCUUAGGUGGUUAAAUGUUGAUGCAUGUCUAUAAAUACGUGCUCGAAACCCAAUCAUGGGACAUUUUAGAAGAAAUUAGGGAUGUGUUUUGCCAUUGUGAGAUGGUCUGCAACAAUGUUUGUGGAUCUUGCGGGUUAAAUACUUUAUUAAGUGUUUAAGUAUGUAAGUAUUGUUCUGGUUUAAGACUGCAGAUAAAAAGGUAUUUGCUAAAAAGUGAAAAUAGGGCCAAGCAUAAACCAUACCUGGGGUUUAAAUAGAGAGGGGUGUUCCACUCUGUGGCAAGGGAACCUGGUGGGUAACUUUCUGAUCAUCCAAAGUUUCUCUUAAGCUACUGAAGGGAAGAGCCAGCAUCGCAUUGUCGUCUCAUACCCACCUCUAGAGUUUUAUUACAAUGCCUGAUAACUGUGUACACUGCUGUUUUUAUAUCACCUGAACAAUUCCCCUGGGCUUUCCUGGUAAAGCAAAGCAUUUAAUUACCCCAGAGAGACAGGACUCCCUGGCUACCCCCAGGUAGAUGUAGAAAGUUUACAGCCUGAACAUAAAAUUAUGUUUUGAUUUCUUUUUUCUUUAUAAACUUGCCUGGGUUUAAGAGACCAUUAAUAAAAAUGCUGUAAUAUUUAAAAAGUACGAGUGGGAUUUUUUCAUUUCUUUUCAGGAAAAGUGAAGGAGGCCUGGCACUUAGGUAAGCUGAGUUGACUCUAGUUAGUGGUGUGGGGAAAAAAGAAAUAAAACAGAGCUAAUAUUUCAGAGAGGUAUUUUAAAGACUAUUUGUGUUCUUCAGGAAAUAAUCGCCAUCAGAUAAAGUAUUUGUAAGCUGAAUGG